CUAGUAACUGAGACAUCCUUGAUAUUUAACACCUUUUUUACUAAACAAUUAUCUAAUCAAUUGUUACAUCUUGGAUAACCUUCGACUUUUAUUUUUAACAGAGUGCAACACAUACCCAAUUGUUAUAAAUAAUUGCUACUGUAAACAACAAGUUGUUAAUCAACUAUUUAUUUAAAAUACAAUUAUCCCAGGUUAUAGGUUAAGUUGCAAGGUCCAUUGUGAUGAUAAGAAUAAUGAGUAGGAUUCUAUCUUUAGUGGGUUUCAUAAUUGCAGUAGUUAUUCACCAGAGGCCUCUGAAAGGAUGUAGAUCGUAAUUGAUUUUUAUUUCGAAUGCCGCGCCGGGAAUUACAAAGCAUCUAAAAGAUGUUGAUCCCAAAAUAUAAUCAACAUAUCCCAUUUUUUUUUGUCAUUCAAAUUAAACUGUUUAAUUCAAUGUAUUGAAAGAAAAUGUAUAAACGAUUAACUGUAAUAAAAUUGAUUAAAUACUCUGUCGUUUCUACGGAAACCAUUUAAACAAUCAAAAUGGAUAAUCUUUUAAAGCCGCAGAUAAUUUGUCAUUUAGAAGAAACCGUGAAAUAUUGUAUAAAUGAUGUAAAAUGGAUUCCCUCUUCUGCAAAAUUUGUUGUGAUGGGGGGAAAAUCAAAUGGUGCAGGAAUUAUCGAAGUGUAUUCACUAGGUAACAAAGGCGUUGAAAAAAUAAGCGAGAUUGAGAAGAAAGAGCAUUUUAAGUGUGGCACUUUUGAUGCUUCUAAUCUAAGAGACCGAUUUUUAGCCACAGGUGAUCUUGCCGGAAGAUUGCAAGUUUGGGAUUUGGAGGAAUGUCUUGUACCUAUUUACAAAACGACUAAACAUACUGGAGUAAUAAAUUCUAUUGAUGGUAUUGCUGGUGUUCAAACUGGUUGCGGAGCACCGGAAAUUGUGACUGGAUCCAGAGACGGAUUGGUAAUGGUAUGGGACGUUCGUCAAAAGGACGAUCCCGUUGCAACUUUUCGGCCAGUUGAUGGAACCAUGACGAGAGACUGUUGGUCAGUGGCUUUCGGACACAGUUUCAACUCUGAGGAAAGGAUUAUUUGCGCCGGUUAUGAUAACGGUGAUAUUAAGAUGUACGAUUUAAGGAAUAUGUCAGUAAGAUGGUCCAAAUGCAUUAAAAACGGAGUAGUUUCUCUACAAUUCGACAGAAAGGACAUACCAAUGAACAAAGUUGUGGCUACAACUUUGGAAUCAAAAAUUUACUGUUAUGAUGUCCGGGUUCAACAUCCUCGCAGGGGAUUCCCCUGUGUAACAGAGAAAGCCCAUGAGUCCACAGUAUGGACUGUUAAACAUUUACCACAAAACAGGGAAGUUUUUAUGACAACUGGAGGUGCAGGGACCGUUUGUCUCUGGAAGUAUAAUUACCCUGACAAAAGAGUUGAAAAAGAUGGAGAUGGCAUUGAAUAUGGAGUUCCUGGUGAAUUAAGCCUUAUUCAGAACAACACAAUCUCUUCACAGCCAAUUACUUCAUUUGAUUGGUGCCCAGAAAAGACGGGUCUUGCUGUUUGUUCUUCAUUUGAUCAAACAUUCAGAGUUAUUAUAGUUACAAAACUGAAAUCUUACUGAUACAAUAAAGAACAUCAU